UAUUAGACAACGAAAUGUGCAAAAUCUCCCGCUUGAUCAUCAUCGUUACACGUUGAACUGCAGUCUCAAGGAGGAAGAAACUUGAGAACUCUCUCACUCCAACAAGAAAAAUCUAAGAAAAAAUGAGUUUGGUUCUUAGUGGUUGUCUGAAUCUCAAUUCAUCCAGAAUCUCGAGCAAUAAAUUUCAGAAAAGAAAAAUAUCUGGGCAAUGUAAAACAACGACCAAGAUGCUCGUCAGAGCUUCCGUAGAUGAUGAUGAUACUGGACGAGCUAUUGUCACAUCCGACAUCAGUGGAAGUAGUAGCUUGCAUGUCAAUGCUUUGGUCACUGCUGUUGCAGCUGCAAAUUUGUUUGCAAUAGAUCCAGCAACGGCUUUGACUCUGAAAGACUUAUGUCAGGAAGGAGCAUCAUACAUCCCUCCUUUGGCAGAGUUAGGCUUCGGGGAUUGGUUUGGAGGCGUAUUAUUUUCAGCUGGGCAAAACGCUAAUGAAGCAGUUCAGGACCAGUUGGCAGCUCUGAGUUUUACUAGUUUAGCAGUUAUUUUUGGGGCAGGGCUUGUAACUAGCUUAUCCCCUUGUACACUUAGUGUCCUUCCACUGACUCUUGGUUACAUUGGGGCUUUUGGAUCCGGGAAAAGCAGAGGGCAGGUUGUGGGGGAUUCAGUUGCUUUCUCAUUGGGACUAGCAACAACAUUAGCAAUUCUAGGUGUGGCUGCCUCUGUUGCUGGGAAGGCUUACGGACAAGUAGGGCAGGGGCUACCGGUGUUUGCUUCUGGCUUGGCUGUGGUUAUGGGUUUAAAUCUGUUGGAGGUUAUUGAGUUGCGACUCCCCUCAUUUUUCGACAACUUUGACCCACGUGCUGCGGCUGCUAAUUUCCCUUCAAGUGUACAAGCAUAUUUGGCUGGACUUACAUUUGCGCUGGCUGCCUCACCUUGCAGUACACCUGUGCUAGCCACUCUGCUUGGAUACGUAGCAACAUCCAAGGACCCUAUUAUAGGAGGUACCUUGCUGCUGACAUACACUACCGGCUAUGUGGCUCCACUUCUUCUUGCUGCUUCUUUUGCGGGUGCAUUGCAGAGCUUGUUGUCAUUUCGUAAAUUCUCGGCAUGGAUUAACCCUACAAGUGGUGCACUCCUGUUGGGAGGAGGCAUUUACACUUUCUUGGAUAGGCUCUUCCCUGUCACAAUGGCAAUGUAGGGAUCAAGUUUUUGUGAAAAGCUAAGAUGCAAGUCCAAAGGAAAAAACAUGUCCAAGCUGUUCUAUAUUUGUAUUGUUUUACACUCGAUCUUUUAUAAAAUGUGAAAAGACAAAGCUUGUUACGCAUACAGUGACAUGUUUAACUAUCUUGUUGUAUACCAUGUAUAUAUGCAAAUAGAAGCUUCCUCAUUCUGUUCUUGGAUGACAUCACAAGUUAUAGUUAAAGCCCGGUUAAGACUUUUCUUUU